UCCAACCCGGUUUCUAGGGUUCGUUCGUUCACGAGAACCUGCAAUUCUGCAAGCUUUGGUGCUCUGUCUCUGCUAGUUGGAGUUGAAGAAAGAUCUUUGGUAGAACUGGAGAGAGAUGGGGGACAAGACGAAGAAGACAUUCAUGUUCAUACGCCUCUUGUCGGCUGCAGGGACAGGAUCCUUCGAUGUAAAGAGGAAGAUCGGAGAGAAACUUCUCGAGAAGCUCGAGUUUCGCCCCAUUGUUAAUCGCCAUCUUCUCUUCACUAAUCAGAAGAUGAGCUCUACUGAACUUGAGCAGAAGAUGGACUCUACUGACCUUUGUUGCAUCAUCUACGACGAAGAAGAAGGUAUCACAGAUAUCUGAACAUUUGGUGGAAAUCCGAGUUCUGGUAUCCGGAAUUUACGAGCUUUAAUCCGGGUCAUAAACUUUUCGGAUUCUGGAACUUCUCCAACCCUAAGCUGCCUCUCAUUGAUCAAAAACUUUUCCAAUCUGCUGCUUUUCACCACAGUAGUAGUAGUGUCCUGUCUUAAUGCAAGUUUACUUAGAUUGUGAUGUCAAUAAUAACCUCUUUUGUCUGGUCAAUCUGAUCAGUUUUUCUUUCUUUCUUACAUUUGCAUACAAAUGCUGCUUUAGAUUCCUCUCCAGGGCAAUGUUGAUUGUCUGAAUGAUCAUACUGUGGUGAGUGUAAUCCCAAAUUGCACAUUUUAAACUC